AUGUUCAAUUUCACACGUCCUCAAUUACCCGAGCCGCCUAAUACUGAGUUCCAAAAUACUCAGGUCGCUACAUUGAAAGCGAUCGAAGAUAAUAUCAUCAAAUGUGAACUUCGCAACACAGAUGUUAAAUUCAUUCCGGACAGCGCAGUUUCGCUCAUUGCGACGCGCGAAGCGAUCACACGGUAUUUCGAGGAAGACUAUUCAAUCGGCAAUGCAGAUAAAAAACGAAUCGAACAACUCGUCGACAUGGUCUACAAGGACGCGCAGAAGAUCUUCCUCAUAGCCGAGAAGGAUGAGUUCACCUUCGGCACACACGAUAAAGAUGGCAAAAUGAGAGCAAAAUUUCUCGAUGAACGGAAGCUUUUCUUGGCUAAACGUGUCGUCCCCCAUACAAAAUUCGGGGGCCUCAAUCAAGAGAUACCGCGGUCCAGAUUACCCUUUACAUCUGUGGAUUGGGACACGGAAAGGUCAUCUUGA